GCAGAAUCAAGGCGGCCCCCACCAAAUAUGAAUCUUUAAAACAGUAGUCAGUGAUUAAGCCCUAAUAACUCCAAAGGCGGAAUCUAUUGGGGAGCUCCCAAAAGCAGCGGAACUCUCUCAUUCUCAGUCAUCGGAAAACAAAAAGGCGAGAAGGGCAGACAGCGACACCCGCAGCCAUGUGUGGGAUUCUGGCCGUCCUUGGCGUCUCCGAAAACUCUCAGGCGAAAAGGUCCAGGAUUAUUGAGCUAUCCAGAAGGUUGCGCCACAGAGGGCCUGAUUGGAGUGGGCUUCACAAUCAUCAGAAUUGUUAUCUUGCUCAUCAACGUUUAGCUAUUAUAGAUCCUACCUCGGGGGAUCAACCACUCUAUAAUGAAGAGAAAACAGUUAUUGUCACGGUUAAUGGGGAAAUAUAUAACCAUAAAGAACUCAGGGAGAAGCUGAAGUCUCACGUGUUUAGAACAGGAAGUGACUGUGAAGUCAUUGCUCAUCUGUAUGAAGAAUAUGGAGAAGAGUUUGUGAAUAUGUUGGAUGGAAUGUUCUCGUUCGUGCUGCUUGACACCCGUGAUAAUAGUUUCAUUGCUGCUCGUGACGCCAUUGGUAUUACUCCCCUUUACAUCGGCUGGGGUCUUGAUGGUAUGUUAUCUACUUUCGACUUAUUGAUUCUUGAUGGCUUGUCCAUACUGCAAGAGGUUUCCCAGAGAUCUACUUGGUUUGCUUCGGAAAUGAAAGCUUUAAGUGAUGACUGUGAGCGAUUCAUGACUUUUCUACCUGGUCACAUCUAUUCAAGCAAAAGUGGAGGGCUCAGAAGAUGGUACAACCCACCAUGGUAUGCGGAACAGAUACCUUCGGCUCCUUAUGAGCCCCUUGUACUGCGAGCGGCCUUUGAGAAGGCUGUUAUCAAGAGACUUAUGGCAGAUGUACCCUUUGGGGUACUUCUAUCAGGCGGUCUUGACUCAUCCCUUGUUGCUUCAGUGGCCUCUCGAUAUUUGGCUAAUUCUCCAGCUGCACAGUGGGGUACACAGUUGCAUACCUUUUGCAUUGGCUUAAAGGGUUCUCCAGAUUUGAGAGCUGCAAGAGAAGUGGCAGACUACCUUGGUACUCGUCACCAUGAGUUCCAUUUUACAGUGCAGGAAGGAAUUGAUGCUUUAGAGGAGGUGAUCUAUCAUAUUGAGACAUAUGAUGUGACUACCAUCAGGGCCAGCACACCUAUGUUCCUUAUGUCUCGAAAAAUCAAAUCACUGGGAGUUAAAAUGGUUUUAUCUGGUGAAGGCUCUGAUGAAAUCUUUGGUGGUUAUCUGUAUUUUCACAAGGCACCCAACAAGGAGGAGUUUCAUGUAGAGACAUGUCGAAAGAUUAAAGCGCUUCAUCUGUAUGACUGUUUGAGAGCUAAUAAAGCAACUUCGGCGUGGGGUCUUGAAGCUCGUGUUCCGUUUUUGGACAAGGAAUUUAUCAAUGUUGCGAUGGAUAUUGAUCCGGAAUGGAAACUGAUAAGACGUGAUCUUGGACGAAUUGAGAAGUGGAUUCUGCGCAACGCGUUUGAUGAUGAGGAAAAACCUUAUUUGCCAAAGCACAUAUUAUACAGACAGAAAGAACAGUUUAGCGAUGGAGUUGGAUACAGUUGGAUUGAUGGCUUGAAAGAUCACGCUAACCAACAGGUUACGGAUGCAAUGUUGGCCAAUGCAAAUUUUGUUUAUCCCGAGAAUACCCCUACAACGAAAGAGGCAUACUACUAUAGAACCGUCUUUGAAAGAUUUUUCCCUAAGAAUGCGGCAAGAUCUACAGUACCAGGGGGUCCUAGUGUAGCGUGCAGUAGCGCGAAAGCUGUAGAAUGGGAUGCGUCGUGGUCCAAAAAUCUCGACCCUUCUGGUCGAGCCGCACUCGGAGUUCACGUUGCUGCUUAUGAUGAGGCAAAGAUGGCAGCUGCAAAUGGCUCUCCAAAAGAGUAGAGUGUGGAAGGAUAUUGUGACUGUUUGAUGAACUGUGUUAUCCAUUGUUUGGUCUGACUUUUUAUUUAAAAUCCUAAUUUAUUCCAAAUAACUAUUGUUUUCGAUGUGAUUUCAGAUGGAGGGUGAAUGCUGUUUGUAGUAAGUAGUAAGUGUUGUCUUGGGGUUUUGGACUGAACAUAUAUUGCAAAGAUUAGUGUUCUUGGAGUAGUUACUUAAAAAAGUGUUCAGAAGCACAAUUAUCAGAUUUUAAUAUUCCUAAUUAAAUACCGUGAUCUAUAACUGAUAGGCGAG